GCGGAAGGUUCGUGUUUAACCCUCUGACACACGUGGAUCUGUGAGUAGUCUUUAGUGGGCAACAUCAUCACAGAGGUGACUACUCGACUGCUGUCUAACAAGGGUACUACUCGAACCGAUAUUAGGUCAUGCCUGUCAUACGGUUCUACAGGAGAGAGGAGGCAGGUAAAGGGCGGGUCAUACGCAGGAUCGAACAGCUCUAUCCUGAAGUCACCAUAACAACUGAGCUUUGCUACAAUGUGGAAGUGAACGGGUCCGAGUCUUUAAGCGUGGGGCAGAAAGAUGUUCUGCGCUGGUUGUUCACUCCUCCUUAUUCUGCUAGUCUGUCAGAAGAGCCCAGUUUAAAAACAAUGGAUGGGGCGAAACUGGUGGAGAUAGGUCCUAGGUUAAACUUCUCUACUGCUUGGUCCACCAAUGCCGUGUCUAUCUUCCAAAGCGCAGGCCUGAACCAGGUGUCCAGAGUAGAGCUCUCUCGUAGGCAUCUCGUCAAGCUACGGGAGGGACACAAUCGUGUGAUUAAGGAUGCAGAGAUGGAAACACUGGUUUGCAGCUUGUACGACAGCAUGACUGAAUGUGUUUACCCUCAGCCAAUCACAUCAUUUGCUGUUGAUGUUCGGCCACAGGAAGUUUUUGAGGUGGAUAUUCUAGGAAAGGGUCGUGCUGCCUUAGAGAUGGCCAAUGAUGAACUCGGGUUAGCGUUUGACUCAUGGGAUCUGGACUACUAUACUGCUCUUUUUCAAAAGGUGAAAAGAAAUCCAACCAGCGUUGAAUGCUUUGAUCUGGCUCAGUCCAACAGUGAGCACAGUCGCCAUUGGUUCUUCCGAGGACGCAUGAUCAUUGAUGGAGAGGAGCAGAAGGAGACACUCUUCAGCCUUAUUAUGGGCACUCAGCGCCAUAGCAACCAAAAUAACGUCAUCAAAUUCUGUGACAACAGCAGUGGUAUCAAAGGCAUGGAGCUGGAGUGUAUGUAUCCCACAAACCCUGCACAGGCCAGUCAGUAUGAAACCAGACGGACUACCAGACACGUCAUCUUCACAGCUGAGACGCACAACUUUCCCACAGGUGUUGCUCCAUUCAGCGGUGCUACCACAGGCACCGGCGGACGAAUCAGAGAUGUGCAGAGCGCCGGUAAGGGUGGACAUGUGAUCGCAGGGACUGCUGGGUACUGUUUUGGUAACCUCCACAUCCCAGGGUUUGUUCUCCCCUGGGAGGAGGAGGGGUGGGAGUAUCCAUCAAGCUUUGCAACUCCACUCCAGGUGGCUAUAGAGGCCAGUGAUGGAGCCUCUGAUUAUGGCAAUAAAUUUGGGGAGCCAGUCCUUUCAGGCUUUGCUCGUUCUUUUGGAAUGCGAUUGGCUAAUGGUGAGCGACGGGAGUGGAUCAAACCAAUCAUGUUCAGUGGAGGGUUGGGCUCUAUUGAAGACCAGAAUGUGAAGAAAGAGCCAGCUGAGCAAGGCAUGGAGGUGGUGAAAAUUGGAGGCCCAGUGUACAGGAUUGGUGUUGGUGGAGGUGCUGCCUCUUCUAUACAGGUUCAAGGUGAUAACUCAAGUGCUCGAGAUCUAGGUGCAGUUCAGAGAGGAGAUGCAGAAAUGGAGCAGAAGAUGAAUCGAGCUCUAAGGGCAUGCCUGGAGAGAACGGAAGGAAACCCCAUAUGCAGCAUACAUGAUCAGGGUGCUGGGGGUAACGGUAACGUGUUAAAAGAAUUAAGUGAGCCUGCUGGUGCAGUUAUUUAUACUAGCAAGUUUAAGAGAGGAGACCCUACCCUUAGUGUUUUAGAGCUGUGGGGGGCAGAGUAUCAGGAGAGUAAUGCUCUUUUGCUUCGUCCCUCUGACCGGAGCUUCCUUGAGAGAGUGUGUCAGAGGGAGAAAUGCCCCGUUGACUUUGUGGGCAAAAUAACCGGUGAUGGAAGGAUUGUGCUGGUGGACGACCUGCAUAAAGAAGCCAACAGGCUUGAUGGUGGGCGGAGCCCUGUGGAUCUGGAGCUGGAUUGGGUAUUGGGGAAGAUGCCACAAAAGGAGUUUGUGAUGCAACACAUGGCUGUUUCUCUGCAGCCUCUCUCUCUCCCAGCUGGUCUCUCUGUUCUUUCAGCUCUAGAGAGAGUUCUCCGACUGCCUGCAGUGGCCAGCAAACGCUACCUCACCAACAAGGUUGAUCGAUCUGUGACGGGUCUGGUUGCCCAGCAACAGUGUGUGGGUCCUCUGCACACACCACUCGCUGAUGUGGCUGUUGUCGCCCUGUCUGCGUUCAGCAUCCAGGGUGCAGCCACGGCGAUAGGCGAGCAACCAAUCAAAGGGCUGCUGUCAACAGCAGCUGGGGCUCGUAUGGCUGUGGGAGAAGCUCUCACUAACCUGGUGUUUGCAAGAGUGUCUGCUCUCAAGGAUGUGAAGUGCAGUGGUAACUGGAUGUGGGCUGCUAAGCUGCCGGGUGAGGGGGCGUGUCUGUGGGAGGCGUGUCAGGCCAUGUCUGAGGUCAUGGGCCAGCUGGGCGUGGCCGUGGAUGGAGGAAAGGAUUCUCUUAGCAUGGCAGCACGUGUCGGUGGAGAAACUGUUAAGGCACCUGGGUCUUUGGUUAUCUCCGUGUAUGCUGUAUGUCCUGACAUCACAGCCACUGUGACCCCUGACCUGGACAACCCUGAUGGCAAAGGUGUGUUACUGUAUGUACCCGUGAACCCAGGUAAACACAGGCUGGGCGGCUCUGCCCUGGCACAAUGUUAUGGACAACUUGGAGACUGCAGUCCAGAUCUGGAUCACCCAGAUAAGCUUUCUGCUUGCUUCAACACCACCCAGACACUGAUUCAGGAUCGAUUGCUGACCGCAGGACAUGAUGUCAGUGACGGAGGGCUUAUUUCCUGUUUGCUAGAGAUGGCCUUUGCGGGGAAUUGUGGGAUAGAGGUGGACUUGCCUUUUGAGGGUGUUCAAGUGAUGGAGGCUCUGUUUUCAGAAGAACUAGGUUUGGUUUUGGAGGCGUGUGAAAGUAAUGCAUUGAGUGUCUGUCAAAGAUACAAAGAAGCAGGUCUGCUCUGUCUAAGGAUUGGCACAACCUGUGGUUUUGGACCUGAUGCUAUGGUCAGAGUGUGUCUCCGUGGACAGGAAGUGCUAAAUGAGCGUGUUCCCACACUGAGGGCAUUAUGGGAAAGCACAAGCUUUCAGCUAGAGCGACUGCAGGCUAAUCCACUUUGUGUCAAGGAGGAGGAAGAAGGGCUUGUUUCUCGCACACAGCCUUACAUUAAACUCACCUUUGACCCCUCCCAAACACCCAUCAUUAAAGAUCCUGUUUUAGAAAAACCUUGUGUUGCUGUAAUAAGAGAGGAAGGCAGUAAUGGUGACAGAGAGAUGUCUGCAGCUUUGUUCAUGGCUGGAUUUGAGGUUUGGGAUGUCACAAUGCAGGACCUGUGUUCAGGCUCUACGACCCUUGACCCCUUCCGAGCUGUGGUCUUUGUUGGUGGAUUCAGCUAUGCAGAUGUGCUGGGGUCAGCUAAAGGGUGGGCUGCCACAGUGACCUUCAACCCCAGGGCUCGAGACGAGUUCAAGCGCUUCCGUAACCGUGAUGACACCCUGAGCCUGGGGGUUUGUAACGGAUGUCAGCUUCUGGGUUUGCUGGGCUGGGUGGGUGAGAGAGAGGAUGAAGGUUCUGAUGUUACUAUGACCCAUAACAAGUCGGGCCGGUUCGAGUCGAGGUUUGUGAGCGUGAGCAUCCUGCCCUCUCCAGCCAUCAUGCUAAAGGGAAUGGAGGGGUCUGCUCUGGGUGUGUGGGUCGCUCAUGGAGAAGGUCUGAUGCAGUUUCGUUCUUCAGCAGCUCAGCGGAGACUCAUCAAUGCCUCUUUAGCUCCUCUGCGUUAUGUGGAUGAUUCUGGCACCCCCACUGAAAUCUAUCCCAUGAACCCUAACGGUUCUGCACAAGGUGUUGCAGGCAUCUGCUCGGCAGAUGGGCGCCACCUGGCCAUGAUGCCCCAUCCUGAGCGGGCCGUGUUAGGCUGGCAGUGGGCCUGGGCCCCUCGGCACCUGAGGGGAUCACUGGAGCCCUCACCGUGGCUUAGUAUGUUCCGCAAUGCAGCAGUAUGGUGUCAGAGUGCAUAGAAAGGGGAAGAAAUACGGUACUAUGUGAUUGUUACUAAAUCUGCAAUAGCGUAGGAAUACUUAGCGUAAGAGUAUACCAAAUAGCCAAACUUAUAACAUGGAGAGUAAUAGGAGAUUGUGGAUGAUCUUGGCCUGAUCUUUACAGUUGAAUGUUUUAAUAACAGCAUUAGUUUGUUGUGUAAAUACAUUAAUGUAGAGUUAAUGUAUUAACAUUCUUGAUGGAAACUGCUGAAAAAAAUCAUAAGGGGCCUUUUGAAUCGCACUAUGGAGAAUUCCUUAGUUUGUGCCAAUUGUGACAAUUUCAACUUUUUUAGAAGAAUUGUUUCUUUACUAUAAAUAUACAUUCCAGAAAUGAUUGAUGGGAAAACAAAUCUUUAGUGAUAAAACACUACACGUAUUAUCAAGGCAUUAAAUUGAUACUUGAUACUUAA